AUGUCGAACAGCCUCCACGCCCCCUACCGCCAGCAAUCCAAACGCUUCAGUAGGGAAGGCUUCUCCCCCAUUCCUGGCGACAACGAGCCGAACAACAUGGCCGCCAACAACAACGACGCGACCAUCGACAUCCCGCUCGAGCAAGUCCAGUCCAACGGCCAAGGGCUGAGGAGUCAAGGCAGCACCACGGCCCUUCAACAGAAGGAGACCACAAACGGGAGCGAGAAGCAUGGACACUGGAACUUCCGCGGCAGGAGGAGGAAGCCGGACGCCAGCGCGCAGCAGAAGACGGGCAAGGUGGGGUAUGAUGGGGAGGAAGACACGGUCAACACGAUGGGUAAGAUCUAUCGCAAGAUUGCAAACUUCUCCGUCAUCACGCGGUACUUUCUGUACACUGUGCCAUUGGGGUUGUUGAUCGCGGUGCCGAUCAUCAUCGGCGUGUACUCUGGCAACGAGACGAACAUUGGCGGUGUCCGGAUGCUGUGGCUAUUCACGUGGAUCGAGAUUGUGUGGUUGAGUCUGUGGGGGUCGAAGACGGUGGCGCAUUAUUUGCCGUUUGUCUUCCGGGUGCUGGCUGGGACGGUGUCGAGUGGGGUUAGGAAGUACUCGCUGGUCAUCAAGAGCCUGGAGAUUCCGCUUUCGCUGGUGGGUUGGGCGGUUUCUUCGCUGGCGACGUUCUUGCCGCUGAUGAAGAGGAAUCCGGAUACGGUGAACCAGUGCAGUCGGUGGAAGGACAACCACCCCGGGUACUCUUCGGAUGACUACUCGAACAGUCCUUGCGCUACGCAGCACUGGAUGAGCAUUCUGCAGAAGAUUUUGGCGGCGGCGUUGAUUGGCACGUUGAUCUAUCUGGCGGAGAAGGCUUUGAUUCAGUUGAUCUCUAUCAACUACCACCGCAAGCAGUUCAAUGCUCGGAUCAGAGAUUCGAAGCGCAACAUCUGGAUCUUGGGAUUGCUCUACGAUGCGUCUCGCUACCUCUUCCCAAUGUACUGUCAGGAGUUUGCAGAAGAGGACUACACCAUCGCGGACCAGCUGAACUUGUCUCGCGGCAACAAGACUCCCGGCCACCGCAAAUCUGGCUCGGCCACUCCAAUGCGCAUCAUUCAGAAGGCUGGGGUGGGUGUCGACAAGAUCACAUCAGUAUUCGGCCACGUUGCAGGCGAAGUUACUGGCAAGUCCAACCUGUUCAACCCCAACAGCGCCCACUCGGUCGUCAUCGAAGCUCUCGAGAAGAACCGUACCGCAGAGGCUCUGGCUCGGCGGCUCUGGAUGUCUUUCGUGGUCGAAGGCAGAGAAUCGCUCUUCUUCGACGACAUCCAAGACGUCCUCGGUCCCAACCAGCAAGAAGCCGCCGAAGAAGCCUUCGCCGCCCUCGACCGCGACGGCAACGGCGACAUCUCCCUCGACGAAAUGAUCCUCACCGUCACCGAGUUCGGCCGCGAGCGCAAGGCCAUCUCCAGCAGCAUGCACGACGUGGACCAAGCCAUUAACGUCCUGGACCGCAUGCUGGCGACCGUCGUCUUCAUCAUCAUCAUUCUCAUCUUCGUGGCCUUCUUGAACGAGAGCUUCGUCACUACCCUCGCUACCACCGGCACAGCGCUCUUAUCCCUCUCCUUCGUCUUCGCCGCUACCGCGCAGGAAGUGCUGGGAUCCUGCAUCUUCCUCUUCGUCAAGCACCCCUUCGACAUCGGCGACCGCGUCGAUAUCGGUACGGCAGGAUGUUUGAACCAAGAACAAUUCGUCGUCGAACACAUUAGCUUGUUGUUCACCGUCUUCCGCCAUGUCCAAGGUGCCGGCGUCGGCCGCAUCUGCCAGAUCCCCAACAUCGUCCUCAACACGCUCUGGGUCGAGAACGUGUCGCGCAGCAAAGCCAUGACGGAACAGAUCAUGAUCGACGUCUCCUUCGACACCUCCUUCGAGGACCUGCAGAUCCUGAAGAACGAACUCGCGACUUUCGUCACCGACAAGGACAACUCGCGCGACUUCCAGAGCUCCGUCGACGUCGACAUCAUCGGCACCAGCGACCAGAGCAAACUCACCAUCAUGGCCGAAGUCAAGCACAAAUCCAACUGGGCCAACGAGACCGUCCGCCGCUCCCGCCGCAGCAAAUUCAUGUGCGCGCUUGUCUCCGCCCUCAAAGCCGUGCCUAUCUACCCGCCUGGUGGUGGCGUGGACGCUGCAGGCUCGGCUGCAAACCCCAACUACUCCGUCGCCAUCGACGAGGGCGCUGUGAAAGAACACGCCGACUCUGCUGCGCAGGACCGUGAGAAGGCGCGGUUGGUCCCGACGAAGAAGAUCGAGGAGGCGAAACAACGUCUCUCUCCGCAAGCUUCCCGCACUACCGCCGCACCCGGUGCGGGCAUGACGCAGGGCGAGGCGCGUACAGUCGACGACCUGACCUCGCGCAACCCAGCGGAGAACGAGGCUUGGACCUCCUCCCGCGAAGACAGCAGCACGCUCGGCGAACGUCCCAGCGUCGAUCGCAGCGACUUGGACGAGGUGCGCGGCCUGUUACGCCGCGAAAGCACGCGCGGGAAGCGCAAGGUCAGUAGUGAUGUCUACAGACCUUCUGUCCCGACUAUCAACGAGCCUGGGCAGGGGUAUGGGUACGGAGGGUACGGAGGGUAUGGCGUGCAGAGGCCGGGCGAAGUGCGGUAUUCGAAUUAUCAGGCCACCUCCCCCACCUCCGGAAGGGGUGAUGAGAACUACCCGCCCUCGUACGGCUUCCCCACGCGCUCGCCCACGCGGCCAGCGCAGACGGGACCGUACCAACAAACCCCUUCCAGCCCGAUCGAAAUGAGCCAAGUCCCCCAGCAGCAGCAGCCUUCCUCGCCUCCAUCUUCGCAGCAAGCGUCGCAUCUCCCGCGCCAGCCUACCCGCAGUCCGUCGAAUCCUUACCGUCAGAGAGGGGAGAGCGUGAGCAGGCGGCCGGUGGGGCAGGGGUAUGAGGUUCCCGGGCAGGGGUUGGGGCAUGGGGUGCCGAAUGCGGGUGUGUUGGAUAGCGCGGAGGAGGAGGAGAGGGAUUUGAGACCUUACUCGGGGGUCUAG